CUAAAGUAAAGCGUCGGUUGACGUAGAUUUACUAUGAAGCAUGCACAAAUAUUUAUUUUGUAGUUAGUUGUUCUAAAACGUUAUCCUUUGGCUCAAAGUUAAGAUGUCUGAAUCAGAAAGUGACACCAGUGUUGAAAAGGUUCAGGAGAAAAGAGUUUUUGUUGGAGGAUUGUUCCCCGAGGUCACAGAUGAUGAAUUAAAGAGUCGAUUUGGAAGAUUUGGGACUGUUAAAGGUGUUGAGAUUAAAAUAAGGAAGGAUAGCAAUGGAAAUCCUAUAAAAACAUUUGCUUAUAUAGACCUGGAAACUAUUGAGAGAGACUUUAAAAAAUGUGUAAGUACGUACAACAAAACCAGAUGGAAAGGUUCUGAGUUGAAAAUACAGGUUGCUAAAGAAGACUUCAUGAAAAAGCUUAAAAAGGAAAGAGAGGAAGCAUUAAAAGAUUUGACAGUGAAAGAGAUUCCAGAUGCUCUUGUAUCAGGUAUACAGAGCAAACUAAUGGCCAUAUCUGAUAUAGCCACAGCUGCAAACUUUAACAUGCGAGGGGCAGUUCCUGGUACUGUAAUACCAGGGGAGGAGAAAUGGGUUGUUGGAAAGUAUGGGAGAGUUCUGCCUAUUGUUCAUAUGAAAAAGACUGGGGCUAGCAAAAUCUUGAAGAUUGACCCAUCAAAGCUGUCGCAUAACUUGAAGAGAAUAAAAGAUGAUAAAUAUGUAGAUAAUGUUAAUCCAAGCCAGCUUACUUGGCAAUUAGAAGAGUAUGAUAAUGAAAUAAGUAAAAAACGGAAAGGUGAAUUCCCUGAAUGGACACCUAAAGUAAAACGAAAUAGAAACAUAAAUGGUGUUUCCAGCAAAGACGAUUUACAGCAGAAAGUUUUAGAAGUUGUAGAAAGUGAUAAGACUUAUCGUAAUUCAGAAUUUGAAGUUGUGCCAGUAAAAAGUAACACUGGGCGAGGUCCUAUGUCAGAUAAAGCGAAGCAUGGUUUUAAUAAUGUAGGAAGCAUAGAUUCUGAUCGUGAAGAAAAUGGAAUUGACAUGGUUGGAUCCUCAACAAACAAUAUUGUUGAUGGUUAUAUGGAUCUUUCCCGGUUUAAUUCUGAUUCUGAAGAGGAAUUGUCCAAAGAUUCAUUUAGAAAAUCUGGUCUUGGACAAUUCAAUCAAACUCAAAAUAAAUCCUUAGAGAAAAAGCUGGAACAAAAUAUAGGGAUUACAAAUAAGCCUCAAACCAAUAUUAAAGGUGUCCAAUCAUCAAAAGUUAUAUUAGAAUCAAAUCCGAUGAUGAAAAAGAACAAUAAAACUGUACAAUCUCAAAAUGUUGCUGAUGAAUAUUCAAAUGGAUUGAAGGAUUUAAAGAGUGGUAGAGAUGAUUUCGUUGACAGUGAUAAUGAAAGUGACGGGUAUGAAUCUGACUGUGAAUCUGAUUAUCGUGAUAAUGAUGAUGACGAUGAUUUAUCCAAUCAACAAAAUACUAGCAAUGUUGUUAUAAAGAAUCAGAACAUCAAAGACAAUUCUAACUUGAAACCAAAGAUUGUAGAGGGUAAGAAAACAUUGUUAGCAUUUCGUGGUACCAAAUUUCUAACAUCAGAUUCAAACACAAAAUUAGAUUUAAAGGGUCCUCAAAGCAAUAAUGUUCAUAUUAAGGUCAAAGAAACAACUGUUGAUAAUGUGGUAUGUCCAAUUCAUAAGGAAUCUAACAGUGAAUCCAAAAGAAAGGCUCAUUUAAAAGUGAAAAAACAACCAAUAGAAAUUAACUUUGAAAAAUCAAAUUUGAAAAGAGCAGGUCUUAAGAAUUUUGUGGAUCCAAAAUUUCUUUCCAAUGAAUUUGCCAGUGGAAUUGAUAUGGUAGAACAGUCCAAAGUGAGUCCUAGCUCAGAAGAGGAUGAUGAGGAUAGUGACUUUGAAAGAUAUGCUAAAAAGGAAAUAGCUAAAAUAGAAUCAAGGAAGGUACAAGUUGAAACUUCAAAUUUAGAACAAUUAAAACUGGAUGAAAAGGAGGUUGGAUAUUUCAAAAGCAGCAAGAGUGAAGAAAUCAAGACAGGUUACCACAGCAGUAGCAGUAGUGAUGACCCUGAUAAUGAGACUAAAACUGACUUAGUUAGUGUAAAUGAAAAAACAAACACUAUAGUUAUGAAUACAGAGGAACAAAUGGAAGAAGGCUGUGUCAGUAAACCAGUGGCAAGUGUCUCUCUAUGCAGGGAAAUUGAUGAUGAUGAUGAAAGUGAUGAUGAUGAUGAUGAUAUUAAUAUUGUUGAUGAUGAUAAUGAUGCAAGUGACAGUAGUAGUGACUUUGAAACAUUAAUAUCUAAAGCUGUUAAAGAAGCACAUGUUGUAAAUGUCAAACAUUCAGAUACAACUUUGGAUGAUCCCCCAAAAGCCAGUAAAAUUCUUAAUAAAUCCAAUAACAAAUGUGAGUCCAGUACUGAGUCUGAAAGUUCUGAAGAAAGUUCAGGUGCAGAUACUGAUAAAGACAAGGAAAUGAAUGACAAUGUUAACAAAGUCCUUGAACAUUCAAAUAAUGUCUUAGAUGUACUAAAAUCUAACCAUAAUCGAAAUCUAGAUAUUAAUAGUCAGUUUAAUGAUUUAGGCAGUGAUGAUGACACUAGUAGUAAUGUUAGCAUUAAUAGUAAUGAAGAUAUAGGCGAAAGUCCUGAAAAUAAAAAUAAACAUAUAUCUGAUGGUAAGAAAAAUCAAACAUUAGAUUAUUCAGGGAUUAUUAUGUCAGAGAGUUCUGAUUCUGAUAAUGACACACUUGUGGAAACAGAAUCAGACAGUAGUGAUGAUGAAAGUAGUUUAUGUAAUGACAAUACAAGUAUAACUGCUGUGGAUAAAGUUGACACUGUGGUACAAAGUGUAAGUGAAAUCAAUGAAGCAAAUGUUCAAGUUGGUGUUAGGAAUGAUGAUGAGAAUGAAGAAAGCGAUUCUGUUAGUGACUCUGAAGAAGAUGACAGUACUGAAGCUGAAAGUAGUUCAGAUAUAAUAAUGACCAAAGGAGGAAGUGAAAUACCAAUCAAAUCUGAUUCUGUUAAAACAGACUUAAAACAAGCAGAAAGAACUAAAUCUUACUCAAAGGACCCCAUAGAGACUAAGGAUAGUGGUCCUCAGAAUGUUGGUGUAAAUGAUAAAAGGAAUAAGAAUGUAUCCAGUCCAGUGAAAAGGACACUUAACUCGCAAGAUUCUACAGUGGAUGCUUGCACCUUUCAGAAAAAUGUGAAAACUUCUUUUGAUGAUCCUAGUCCAGUUAAAAAGGUCUUUACUCAGGACAUUAAAACACAAGUAAAAGUACCACAACAAGACAACAAAGCUGACACAGACAAGAAGAGACUGGCAGCAGUAAAACAAAGACAGAAAGAGGCACUCGCACUGAAAUCACUCAUUAAGAAUGCACUUUCAAACAUUGAUGCCAGUAAAACUGUGAACACAAAGAUAAAGUUUGAUUCUGACUCUGAAGAAGAGCAGGUUUCCAUGGAAACAGAUGAACCAAUACCAGUAUGCAAGUUUCAAAACCAGAAUAUAAAUGUGCCUGCAGAGACCAAAACACCGGCCAAGUCUAAAACUUUAUUUGACUCAGAUGAUAACCGUGAUGAUGAUGGUAGUGAUAAUGAUACAAACAGAUUUAACAUUAGGGAAGAAUUUGAAGGUGCUGAAGGAAGAAAGUUGGCAAAGCUUCAGGCAAGAUUUGGUCAUGAUGAGAGAUUUAGGCUUGAUGCCAGGUUUAUAGAGUCCGGUUCCGAAGAUGAAGAGGAAGAGAAAAUAGUAGAGGAGGAUGAAACAACCAGAUCUCUGAAAAUUCUCCAGUCUGUAGUUGGUAUUAAAGCUGUCAGUGGUGUAAACAAACAGGAUAAAGCAAAGAAAAAAUUCAAGGAUAUAGGAGCAUUGAUGUAUGACCCAACAUGUGAAGAGCAUAAACAGUUCGAAGUGGAGACUAAACAAGUUGAACUGCCUCAACCUGUGGAACGGAAGAAGAAGAAAAAAGCUAAGAAGGAAGUAACUGCCUUGGAAACAGAACCUGCAGUUAUUUUGCCAGAGGUGACUAAGGAAAAGUUUUACGAGAUUUCCGAUACCUUAAAGAACACAUUUGUAGAGAAAGCAAAGGCAACAACUGAUGCCCCUUCAAGUGGAGGGGGAUUCUCUCUACUAGCUGCAUUUGGUACUCAUUACAGUGAUGAUGAAAUUGAUGAUGAUGCUAACGUAGCAAAAGGUGCUCAAGGUUCUGCCAUACCAAUACCUGAUGUUCUGAGAACUAACCAACUCUCACUGGCUAAUAGAUUUAAUGUUAGAGAUGAUGCUCAUCAUGAAGACAGUGAUGGGGACGAUGAUGAGAAAGAAAUUACUGGUAAAGAACUGGAGAAAAAUGUUGAGAAAAUGGAUACAAUAGAGCAAACUUCCAAACAAGCCUCGGAUAUUACAAAACCCAAAAACUUUUUCUUCUUGCCAAAUGAUGAAAGACUUAAAGAAUGUGUAACACAGAAAAAAGAUAGCUCUAAUCAAGGAGAUUGGUUUUCCAAGAGACGUCACCUUAUUGAGAGUUACAAAUCAAAACACAAGAAUUUAAGACGGAAGAAAGGACCUAUGAAGAAAAGGGGUGGUAAGAGAUGAUAAAAACAGAUUCAAAGGUCCUUUCACAAGGCUUACUUUACCAGGAAAGCUAGUUAGGUUGAUCAACCGUCGAGAUAAGACCAAACUUGUGUUGCAAUAAAUAUAAAAAAAACACAGGCAAACAACAUCUUUGCUUAUUUGAUUUUGCAAUUUCUAAUGGACAUUUACCACUGUAAAAAUUGAAAGAACGCUAUUGAAUUGACACAGUUUGAAAGUUUGUGUGAUGAAGGGAAAUAACUUGUGUUUAGAGAGGAUGCAAUACUUUCCCGAAUUUGGUAGAAAGAAUGGAAAUGAAUAAGUUGUUGAAAAGACUAUAAAAAUGAUUGUCCAGUAUUGACUUGUUAGUUAGAUAAACAAUGAUACAAGUACAUUCAGAAAAAAACUUGUUCGUUAGGUAAACAAGGAUAAAAGGAUCUACUUGAAUUGAGUAAAAUGCUUUGUUUUACCAUGCCAUAAAGUGAGUAAAUGUACAUUGCAAUAAAACUCAAGACAUUUUAAAUUAUUUUAUAUACAUGUACACGUUUUAACAUAUUUAUAUGUUUUCACAUAUGACAUGACCUAAUGAAAAGAAAAUCACAAGGAAAAGAAUAUUAAAUUUGUAAUGUACUACAGGUAGUAGGUUGUUUGAAAUGAAAUGCUUUUGUUGAUGUAAUAUAGUAAUAAAGAGUUUAAAAGGAAGUGGUAUACACGUAUAUUGAAAGGCUCAUUGUUAGAGUUAUACAUGUAUAUGAUAUAUGAUUUGUAUUUUGCUCUCAUGAAUUUCACAUUAAGCUUUCAUGAGUCAUGUAAAAAUGGCAGAGCAAAAUCUACACUAGUCAAAUACAAAUUCCAAGAUUCUCUUUUUUCAUUUAAACCUAUUUUAUAUUUUGGUGAUUGUUUUCUUGAAACAUAUAUUGUUGACUGAUGUUAUUAAUGAAAUAAACUUUA